AUGCUACUUAAAUGGAAGGAACUAACAACAAAUUCCGAUAAUUUGAAAGCAAUGGAUCCAGAGAUUCAUCGUCAUUCUCAGACAGUUUUGCUGUGUCAUUCUUCCAUGUUUGAACAACAAUGGCAUCAUAACAAAUCCGAUGAUGAAAGUAUUCGAUCAAAACAACACCAAUUCGGCCGAGAUCUGGAGAAAUCUGGUGAAAUCGAUGUUGUUGAAGAAAUCUUUUCACGAAGGCUCCAUAUUUCUACAAGACGAAGGCUGUUGCAGAAAUCUGGAGCUGCGGCGGUGGCAGAGAGGAGGAGGACGGCUGCAACGACACCAGAGAGAAUCCGGGGAACGACAUCGACAACGGUUUUAAAUAUGGAAUCAAGAUCUGAUAAUUGGAAUAAGAAAAUUGAUCUCGUCUUUGGGGCAAUAAACUUUAAGUCGCUCGUGAGGCAGGCUUUUCCGGCUCGCGAACGAGUUGACUCAGCCACGAUGUCUGAUUCGAUCCUCAACGUCUCCAUCGCCGUGGGCUCAUCGAACCCCAAGGACUUCUCGAAGAAAAAGAGGGGAAACCGUUCUGCAAAACUGAAGCAGAGCAAGCUUGAUGUCCGCCGUGAGCAGUGGCUUUCUCAAGUGAAAAAAAAGGGUGGGUGCAAGGAGAGCACCAAUGGUGGAGGAGCUUCACACGAAGGGCCAUCAGUGCAUAUGCCGAACAAGAGGGGUGGACCAGUGGAGAAGCUCGAGAUAAAGACUCGAAAUGAGGAAAUUUAUGAGCCUUCAAUGCAUCACUACAGUGACACUGAGUCCCUGCCCUCUAACAGCCCAACCAGCCACACCAGUAGCUUGUUGGGAAGUACUGAUUCUGGGGUCAAUUUCACCGCCAGUAGCAGAAGCAGUAGCAGCAGUGGCCGAAGUAGCAGCAGCAGCAGCAAUGGCCGAAGCUAUAGUGACGAUGAAGAUGGUGGGAAUGCUGGCGGUGAAGGAGAUGAUUGCCUUGAUGAUUGGGAGGCUGUGGCUGAUGCUUUGGAGGCAAAAGAUGACAAGAAUCAAGAUUGCAGUCCGAAAACUGGGUUUGGUUCGUCGAUACCCAAUAAGCAUGAAACUGCUUCGGAGAUUCCAGAGAGUGCAGGGAAGAAGGGAGCUAUGGUCAAUUGCUGUGCUUGGCGACCUGAUGAUGCUUGCCGUCCUCAGAAUUUGCCAAAUCUUUCGAAGCAAUAUAGCUUUCCCCUGAACUCAGAGCGGCACUUAGGUCGGGGUUCGGUUUGGGGAUGUAAGAACAUUGGGCCGGUUCCCACUUCAUGCCCGAUAUGCUUUGAGGAUUUCGACUGUACAGAUUCGAGUUUUCUUCCUUGUCCCUGCGGCUUCAGGCUCUGCCUUUUCUGUCACAAGAGAAUUCUUGAAGAAGACGGACGUUGCCCGGGCUGCAGGAAGAAGUAUGAGUGCGGACCUGUCGAGGGCGAGCAAACACUGGACGGAGGCAGCUUGACUUUUCGGUUGGCUCGUUCUUGUAGCAUGAUCACGAGGUCUUAAAAUGUUUCUCCUUUCUUUUCACUUGUAUUUUGGGUCUUUUCACUCUCUAUUAUGUGUCUUGCUUAUGUCCUUUCUGUUAGUCUAUUAUGCAAAACCUUAGAUAUUGAUAUGGAAUGAUUUUGAAGCACUGGAGGAUCUAGUUUCUCUUGUUGUUUUGGUCUAUAUCUGUAUCGUUCUUCUUCUGGCAUUAGAAGGCCUUCUAUGUGAAUAGAUACGUUGAUGGAGAAAUUUAAAUACACAACAUCUUGACUAUGGUGUUUGUUCUUUGUUGAGAUAAAUAAAUCUUUCUUAAUUUUAUAUUUAUUUUUCUAUCAUGUUGUAUAUGCGACAAAUGAAUAGCAACCUAUGAUCAUAUUUACAUUUCUGUUGGUAAGGACUUCUGGUAGUAGUACUUGUAGAUAAGUUAAUGUGUUAUUGAUUGUAUGGAAAGAGAAAGUCAUAUGCUUUU